AGAGGAGGGUGUGCGACACAGUCGCUUUAGCAUAAGUUAUUAUUAACUUGUGUUCUAUGCCAAGGUGUAUCUUAGAAGAGUACAAACUUUUUAAAUCGUAUUACGCAAGUGCAUCUUGGUUUCUGUUGGAAGAACAAGUUUUAAUGCGAGUUUAUAUUGAGCAAACUUCUGCUGCUCCAAUUUCUCUCCGCCAUUUUGAUUCCAAGUCGUUCUCAGCGACCUCACGGCAAACGCCACCAAUUUGCUUGGUGCGCUUUAGCAUUAUAUUCAUCGUAGUCGUCAUCUCAUCAUUUCAUUAGCACUACUGCAUCAUCUACAUAAUAUAUUGCUGUUGGCCUCGCCAAUGGCUCCCAACGCAUCAUUGAACUACAUGGAAUAUUCUAGACCCUCAACGAUGUCCUCUGGACCCAAGCCCCAUCAUCGUCGGCCCUCUGUAAAUGGCCGCUCCAGCCUGAGUCCGUCCUACAUGCUCUACCAGUCUUUUUCUGCACCCUCCUUUCAUGAGAGGUUUCCUCAGCACUCUGAGGUUCAGCAUUCAAGUUUCAAACCUUGUGCUGAUGCCAUGAAAAGAGAUUAUCCUCCAUAUCAAAAGGAUCCUAAUUGGCCUUAUUCCGUUCACAAAAUUCUUCAGCGUGCACCCCAGCAGAAUUCUCAAUUUUAUCCUAAGAGAAGAUCUCAAUCAGAAUGCAACUCCUAUCUUCCUUCCAAAUCCAAUCAAAAUCAACCAGACAUGCAUUUCAAUUCCAUUCUCAAAUCCUCCACUCGGACUACUAAAAGUAGUGUCUCCAAGAGCAAAUCUGCUCCAACAGUACUCCCAUCCACUGCUGUAACAUGUACGGAACUUGAGGCCAUGGUCAGUAAGAACAGUCAGAAAUUGCUCACAUGUGCUGAACUGGAAGCUCUUCAAGCUCAGGGGAUUAAAAUGGAAACAAACUCUGGCUUAAGCAGAAGCCCAUCUGUUUCUUCAGUGACCAGUGCAUUAGAAGAGUUGUCCAGCCGGCCAAGCAGUCCUAUCUCCUGUUCAUCGCCUGUACCGUCUGUUUCAUCAUCAUCUUCAGGGUAUGAAUCUUGCUCUGGGGAUGUUUUUGAGUCCACCACUAAAAGCAUUAUAAGUGUCCUGGAAGAUUCAACUGAGAAUAUUUCUGAAGAUGAAGCUGAAUUCUUACUUGGCAAGAAGAAGGUCAGCAAAUCACUCCUGAGCUUCUUCAAUGCAGUGGCACCUAAGCCCUCUGAAUCUCAGGAUGAAGUCUCAAUUAAGGUUGAGAAAGCCAGCUCUGUAGAUGUUGGCAUGGAGGGUCUAAUUCCUUUUGUUUUACCAUCCAAAUUUGUGCAAGAAAAUAAAUCUGUUGUCUCUGUUCCAACUAAGUCAGUUCAAAAGAAAACUCAGAAGAAAAAGCCUUGCUCAAGUAAUUUUCAGCCUACACCCAUUCAUUCUGAGAAAAGUCAUGCAGCUCAUACCCUUAGCAAGAACAUGUCAGCUUCUGGAUGUACCAGCAGGAAAAAUAGUCGUAAAAUGACUGUGGUGGCUCUGCCACCAUCUCCUAACACAGUCAUGCCUCUGAUGACAAGUCCUCCUGUAGCUCUCAAUCUGCCAUCUCCGCCUAAACAAUGGAGAAAUGUUGGCAGUAGCCCAGCUGACAGCAUGACUAGAAUCUCAGGAGAAAUUCUGGAUGUAACACAGCAAAUGAAGAAAAUAGCUGCGGUUACAGUGGAGGUUCCUGCUGCACCUCCCAUUACUGUCUGCUGAGUGAUUUGUGUCUGCCAAUUGUGUUUAAAUGUGAACGGUGCUCAUUGGAGAAGUAUGGCAAUUUAUGAUUAUUAUAUUAGUAUUAAUUCUUGGUAAAAGACAAUCCGUGCUGCUUAGCAUGAGUGGGUCCUUUAAUGGCGGUGUUGAAGUACAUGCCUAAAGCUGGCAUUGGUGCUUCCAGUCAUUGUUUGUGGAAUGGGUGUAGGAAUUACUUGUGCAGAAACUUUUUUUCUUUCAAUGGAGCCAUUUGUUAUAUUAUUAAAUUAAGGAUGGUUGUGAGUGCUGCAAGUGUUGAGCUAUGUUAUUGCUUGUUUAAGAGUGUGAGUGCUUGAUAAGACUGUUUUCUAAAUUAUCAUGCUACCAAUUCAGUUGUUGGUUUGCUUUACAGCAUCCAUAGUAUGUCUGGUCAAAAUUUCCAUGUCAUGGUGUAGUAAUCUGUUGUGGUAUUUAUGUAAUUUAAUCAUGGAGUAUUUAAGUUUCUGCAUCAUGAUUGUAAUGUCCUAUUUUCUAGCCCAUACAAUGUCUGUGAUGACACACUGCCUUGAUAGAUCUCCCAUUAACGUGGGUCUUAUCAUGGUUGUGUGUGGAAAACUCGAGUCAAUGCUUUAGGUAUUUUGUGUGCAAUACUGACCUUAAAAACACCUCUUGCUUCAUUUAAGCUUUGUUGUUAGCAUAUUGGCCAGGUUAUAUAGGUAAGCUUUUGACGGAUUUGUGUACAAUAUGUCUGAGAUACUGUUUUUUCUGUGAUAACUGAAAGAAUGAAUGAUGUGGUACAAACAAGCUGCAGCGAGGAUGCUCAGCAAUAAUUCUCUAGCAUCGAAGCACUGGCUUGUCAUGGCCUGGUGUGGUAGAUGUGCCCAGCAGUUUUUCAGUUGCCUUUGAGUUGUCUUGUGCAAACCAAAUGCCCUUUUUUUUCUUUCUCAUGUGCUGGUAAUUUAAUUCUAAGCUCUUGGUCAUUCAUCGACUCUGCACGUGGUGUGCUUCCUUGCAAAUCAAGCUAUGAUUGACAUGCAUUAGAUACGGUUGGUCAAUCGUGUUAGACUAGUGAUUCUGAUAAUGUAGCUCAGCCUACCAUUGUUCUCCAACUGAUCUCUGCUGUCACUCCUAUGCAUGUGAUUUGCUCUAGGUUGGCAUCCUCAAAGUUAUGUUUACCGAGGAAAGCUUAGAGUCUUUUACUUGGCACAACAUAGUGAAGUUGAAAAAGGGCCAGCCUUUUAGUGUAUAAGUGACCCAUGAACGAGCUGCUCUCAGGCAAUUGUCGCACUGCAGGCACUCGUGCACCCAUUAUUGACACUUGUAAGUUGCAUUGAAUUGUAACAUCAAUUUUUGCUGUGCUCAUUCUCGAGAUUAGUUGACUAUCAUUGCAAGGUUCAAGGACCCGUGACAUAAAGUCAUAGCUUUAACGUUGUUGUGUAGUCCAUCUGAGCUAAUAAUUUGUUUAGCCCUGGUAGAGUUUGCAAAGCAUUUUCAGUUCCCAAAUCUUCUGAUAAGCCUUGGGUCGUGAUUACUGUGAAGUGAAGCACAUUUAUUGCGCCUCACGGCAAAUUCUCUGCUCCGGUGAAAUCAUUUAAUAGAAAUUAUUACUGUGAUUGUGCUCUGCACCCAAUCAUAAUUUCAUGUCCAGUGUUAUAUUUUUUGAGUUCUAUGCAGUUCAAAUUUGAAAAUUCAAAAAUGUACCGCUCUCUACAUUUUUGCUUAUGCUCGAGCCAAUAGUUGACCCGAAUAACAGCAAUUUGAAAUGGUCCAACUGCCGGUAAAUUUUAUGGUGCACCAAAUAGAGAUUUAUUUAUGUUUUUAUUUUUUCUAGUUCUAUUGUACAUGUACGAAAAUUUUCCAUUGACCCAGAUUCAGACCCUGUUGUGUUAUGUAUUGCAUUGGAGUCUUUCGUGCCGUUUUGGGAAAAAUUGUUAACUCUCAUAAUUUUAAAUUGAUUCUAGACUGCAAACUCGAGCCAACCUGCUAAAUGAUAUUGAUAUUUUUAAUUUUUAACUGAAAAUUUCCUUGGGUUUUUAUUUUAAAUGUUUUGCCAGUGCCACAACAUACUGCCUUUGUACAAGACUCUAGCAAUAAAAAUCGAACAUUCUAUUAUUGAUAUCUUCAGGCAUUCUAUCUGAAAAGGUAAUCAACUUUUAUAUCUGUUACAUUCAAACAUCGUUCCGACUCACGUUCCUUCGAGUUUGUCUUCUGUUCAGAUCUCAUGAAAAUUGGCACUUGAGAAACUUUAAUAUUGUUAAGUAUUUGUUAAUUUUGCUUAAAUUCAUUUGAUUGGGCUCCAAUUUAAUAAUGCUCAGUAAUUGACGUGUGAGUCUUGUAUGAAGUCACUUGUGUUGUUCCUAGUAAGCUGUUGCUCAGCUACAGGAUCGCGUCCAAAAACAUAAUUCACGAUGCACGCUAGUCCAGGUAUCUUCCUGCUUUUUACGUUUUGUUUCUUUUAUUGAUUUCUGGUGUAUUAACUUUGCUUUCCCUGUGACCUUGUGAUGUAUAUUUUUUUCUACUUUAAGAUUGCAUAAAUAGGCUGCUGUGUUCUAACGGACCUGAGCAGUCGUUAGGGUAGGCGAUACAAGUGCCAAUUUAGUGCGCUAGAACUCUCCUGCCAUGUCUGUGUAAGGUCUCUGCUAGUAAUAUUGUAUCAUGUGGUUUAGGUAGGGUGGGAUAUCUGCUAUAGAAUGCAUUUAAUGCGUUUAAUGUAAGUCAUUACUUGUGAGCUGUAUCAACAUUCCACGGGUUGGGGGAAAGGUGAUGUUGAAGGAGAAUCUAGAGAUAGGAAAGAGAAACGUAUUGCACUGGCUUACGGAUGGGGCUCGUUUGUUGUGAGAGCUCGCCCAGGCUGUGGUCGCUCAAUGUUACCAUUGAACGAUUUCACAGUUUAAAACGAUCGAGUUCGGUGUGCUUCCGAGGGUUGUUUCGAGACCUUUUACGCACAGGUCAUUUGCUAUGCACAAGCUUUUAAUGCUAUUCUGCAUUAUGCAGUGUUAGCUAUGACACAAUGUACUUACGCUCUCUGUGUAGCCGGUGCCUUUCUCUAGCAAAGCUUGACAAGCAAGGUCAGUGAGUGAGCUUGGUUUCCAUGAAAUGUACCGUGCUUCUGUUUUCCUGUUGACAUACACGCUCAUCUGAUUCUCUUGGUGUUGGAUACUCGGGGACAGCUCAUAUGUGUUGCUGGUGUCGGAGUCGUGCACUCUCUGCUUGCUCUUCAAACUAUCAAUUGUGGCUAUCCCGAUUUACCAACCACCAAGACGGCAGAAGCAAGAUGACACUCGUGUCAGGUCCUGGAACUCAGAUACGAGUUGACAUGUAAAAAUAGUUCGGGAAUAUGCAGCUCCAUUCGUCGUACAAACUAAAGGAAAAUUUAAUUAAUAGCCUUGGGCAGAAAAUAGUAUUAAGUUGGAAUUUUUCAGGAAGGGUAGUCUCCAUUUUUUGGUCAUAUUGGCGCAAAGUAUGAUAGCUGCGAUGGCCGCGACAAGCCCAAUGAUCUCAGGAGCGUUCGCCGAAAUACUCGCGUCUUUAUUUGGGUGAGGUCAGAAGCCUCGCUUGCUGUUUGUUAUGUUGUUGUUAGUGCCGGCGUGCACCGAGACCAAAGACCGCUUUCUGAUGGCGGUAUCAUAUCAUGCGGCCCUAAUACUAAUUGACUUAACUAAUGUGUGUGUGUGUGUGUAUCUUCUUAUAAGUCACUCGGUCACAGGGAGACCAACUAAACCAAUUGUAUGUCAUUGUGAAUCUAAGGAGAAUUGAAGCGCUGUGAUAAACGAGGCAUCCAAUUCUGAAGCCGCCAACUUCAACUCUCCUUCCUUGCUAGUAUUAAGAGACGUUUGUUAAGCCUUCGAGAAGGCGUUGCGCUAGAGUUGGACAAAUUUUCGGUAAUGUACAAAGAAUUAUUUCUAUAUAUCAUUCAGGAAAAAAUGAAAACAUAAAAAAAAUUAGGUUCACCAUCGAACUUCGGUACCUGACAGCCAUUUGCUUUAUCGACCUUCUGACCAUAGCCGCCCACCCCGGCUCUAGGUUCAUAUAGAAGUGAUGUUUCUAACGAAAAAGAAACAUCCGUUACGGUGGGCAAUGCAAUUCUAAUUUUUAGAAAUCAUUCGGGCAAAAUUACUGACACUUGGCUUGUUUAAUUACCAAAAACAUAUUUCUCAUUCAUGAGUGAAUGUGAGCGUGCCUGAUAUGAAGUGUGCGAGGAGUGAGUAGCUAGUCAAAAGCUCAGUGUGAAGUGCUAAGAAUGCAUGAGGCCCAUUCUAAUGCAUAGUUUGUAUUUUUAUGAGAAAUUCUUUGCACUCUUACUAUUUUUCCCUCCUGUCUAUUCUUCUUUGGCUCACUGCGCCCUGUAGUGCCUUCCUUUCCGGGCUCGCCCUAGAGCCCACCAAUAUUUUAAUAAGGGGAUAGUAACGCAAUACAACCCCAAUUCUUCAGCCCUUGUCUCAACUUACUCUAACCUAACUUACUUCUUCCCACAGGCGGUGUUUGCAUUAAACUCUG